UCUAUAUAUAGGAGUUUCAACUAAUAUCAUGACAUUCGGAAUUAGAGCAUUUUCUAAGCUUGUCGUGCCUAUUGUUGGCAACGUUGUUUGUUUAUCAAGGGUCCAAUUAAGCAGUGUUAAAAUGGCAGCGAAUAAUCCGGAUUAUAAGAGCGCAACUUCUAUUCAUGAGUUUACGGUGAAAAACAUAAAGGGUGAAGAUGUGAAACUGGAUGUAUACAAGGGCCAUGUUUGCAUCGUAGUAAAUGUUGCAUCGCAGUGCGGUUUGACCGCUAACAACUACAAACAACUCAACGAACUUUACGAACAAUACGCGGAGAGCAAAGGUCUGCGUAUUUUGGCGUUCCCUUGCAACCAGUUCGCCGGUCAGGAGCCAGGAGACCCUGAGGCUAUUGUGUGCUUUGCUAAAGACCGCAAAGUCAAAUUUGACUUAUUCGAAAAAAUCGACGUUAAUGGCGACAAUGCUGAUCCUCUAUGGAAGUUCCUUAAGCAUAAGCAAGGAGGCACCCUCGGCAACUUCAUCAAAUGGAACUUCACCAAGUUCAUCAUUGACAAAAAUGGCAUCCCAGUUGAGCGCCAUGGGCCAAAAACUGACCCGCUUGACCUUGUCAAGUCCCUGGAAAAGUACUGGUAACUUACAAUGGUUGUGUAAUGUAGCUAAGGGAAAAUUAUUCAUAAUAAAAGCAUAUAAAU